AUGCCCCCAGACUCUUGCGGGCCGAAGCUGCCUAACUGCGCGUCGCCGAGAUUCGCGGUGCCCUACCCGCCGCCGCCUCCGCGGCUGCCAGCAGGCGCCCAGACGUCGGUCCCCGUGGCCUUGCGCCCGGACAGCUGUAGGCCCGGCUGGCAGCGGCGAGAGGGGCGGCGGGAGCUCGCGCCCGGGGCUGACGGAGGCGGGGCGCGGAGGAAGGGGCGGGGCGAGCGCGGGGGAGGGCGGCUCCCCCUUCUUUUGUCUUGGAUCACUCGGGCGCCGGGGGAGCUCGCGCGCCUUGGAAACGCGCGCCGGGGAGCGUCGGGCACCGGGGCGGGGGGUACGGAGGCGGGGCAGUCAGAGGCAGGCGGAGACAGUGAGAGACCCAGGAACCGCCCCGGCCCCGGCCCCGAUGGGGGCUCCCGAGGCCGCCCCGAGAGACCCCACAAGGGACGAGGGGGCUGGAGCCGGGAAGGGCUCGGAGGGAGGAGGCCCCAGACCCAGGACCCCGGCAGCCCCGGCCUGAGCCUGAGACCUGGAGACCCAGAGACGCAGGAGGUGGGGGAGGCCUGCGGGGCCCGCGACGCGCGCAGACAAAGAGCCCGGACGCUCGCGCCGCCGCCGGCCGCGGUCUCCGCCGGGGCCCUUCAGCCCGCCCCUCCCGCCCCUUGCCCGUCCCACGGCCCGCCCCCGGGGGGAGGGGCCGCGCUUUGUGCUCGCAGCGCCGCAGCCCCCGCCCGCCGCUACCGCCUCCACCGCCCUUCCAGCUCCGGCCGCGCCAGGUGA